GCGAAUUAAGUCAUCACCUCUCUAACUAAACCACUAAUUUCUCUUCCUCUUUACUUUCUGACUAACUACUAGUCGAAAGAGUCUGAUCUAUAGCCAUCUUUGAGGAGCUGGUGGUGCAAUUUUCCAGCUAGCAAUGAGGCUUCUUGGUGGCGGCCCCGGUAGGGGUCGUCAUUUGCCACAUAUCUUAGUGGCAUUGGCGGCCAUUUUGGCUGUUGCUAAUGUUGUUUCUGCUGAUCCUUAUGUAUAUGCUUCUCCACCUCCACCACCUUACGAGUACAAGUCGCCACCCCCUCCUUCUCCCUCUCCACCACCGCCUUAUGAGUACAAGUCGCCACCACCUCCUUCUCCAUCUCCUCCACCGCCAUAUGAAUACAAGUCGCCACCACCUCCUUCACCAUCACCUCCACCACCAUACUACUACUCUUCCCCACCACCUCCGAAGAAGUCACCUCCACCACCAUACUACUACUCCUCUCCACCACCACCCGAGAAGUCACCUCCUCCACCAUACUACUACUCCUCUCCUCCACCCCCGGAGAAGUCACCUCCACCACCUUACUACUACUCUUCUCCACCACCCCCCAAGAAGUCACCUCCACCUCCAUACUACUAUAGUUCUCCACCACCACCCGAGAAGUCACCUCCACCACCUUACUACUAUCACUCCCCACCACCACCAUCACCAUCUCCCCCACCUCCUUACUACUACCACUCCCCACCUCCACCCGUGAAGUCUCCUCCUCCUCCAUACUACUACAACUCACCUCCCCCACCCGUAAAAUCACCUCCGCCUCCAGUAUACAUCUACACUUCUCCACCACCACCAGUCCACUACUAAGCAGUUUGAAAAGCUUCGUCAUUUUCCACAACCACUCAAAUUUCAGUUUCAGUCACAAAAUAAGUGAUGGCUUCUUGAGGAGAAGAUUGAGAAUUGUUCCAUUGUCAGAAGCAAUGAAUUUAAUCAAUAAUAUGUUAUUCAACUUUGCAAUUGAGAGGUUGAUUAUUCCUAGUCAUGACUUGGACCACUUUGCUUCAACUUCUCUGGUGGCCUUGUUACACAUUGUAAUUCUCUGUGUGUCUUCACGUGGAAGUGGCUUCAACAGCUUAGUUGGAAAUAGUAAUUAUAUCUAGUGGAUCUUGGAGUUGUACUAUAAUUUGAUGUUUGCUUCUUUAUAGUAAUUUAUUAUUAUUGUUGUAUAGGAUUAUACUGUUAUAUCUUUUGUAAUUUUGAUUCGUUUGCUGUUAAUUAUUGUUGGCUGUUCCUAAGUGCCUUCUUGUGCUUUGUGCACCAAAUCAAUAAAGAGAUGAUUUUUGUUCA